GCUGCCUGUUUGAAGCCAAAGGAGCCUCUGGAAUACGCUCUCUACAUUGAUUCCAAAACAACACAUCAGCCUCAUUGAACUACUUCAAAUUUCAGAUCUUACUAUGGACAAAAUGAAUCUGAUUCUACAGUCCCUGUUCUGCUGCUGUCUGCUCACCACUGUUUUACCCAGUGUGGAUAGUGCAAAACUUAACCUGAGCCAAGUUUUUAAAAAGAGUGCCUGGCUACAAAGCAGAACGAGAAGAGAUUUGAACAGUUUGUCUGCACUGAGUGAAGCGGAAACAGCUUCAUUUGUCCGUCCAGAAGAUGUCAAAGACUCCAUGAUUCCACAUUCCAGCACUGACAUCAGCAUUCGAGUGAAGCGAUCCAAAAACUUUGUCAACCAGUCCAGGAAGCCGGGUUGUUUGCUUGGCACUUGCACAGUGCAUGAUCUGGCACACCGCAUCCACCUUUAUGAUAGACAAUCAAAGACUGGCAGCGCGCCCGCUGAUAAAAUCAGUGCACAGGGCUAUGGCCGACGGCGGAGGUCUCUGCCAGAGAGACAGCUGAAUCUGCAGUGGGAGGGCAACCGACUCAGGCCGGUGUGGAUCAGCACAAGCUCACGGCUACACAGGCUAGAGGCUCUCCUCAAACGGACAUGAACGGGUCAGGUGGAGUAAAAGGGAGCGCCCUAGGGCCACCGUGGCCAAGGCUUACCGGCCAAAUCUGAAAUUCUACAAAUGCCUCAGACUCCUGCCAAGAGUUUUCUGGCCCAUUCUUUUCCAAGCUUGGAGAGCAGUAGCAUCUCCUGAAAGCUGGCCUCAGUGGAUGUAUCGUCAAAGCAGAGCACAAAAACAACAGCUGUUCCACAAGCACUGUGCGAGAGAAAGAAAGAGAGAGAAGAAAGAGAGAGAUUCUGCAGAGGAGCUGACUCAGUUUGUCUGGGUGUGAAUAAGCAACAAAACGCAGCACUGGGUACAGUGAUGUGGUCACAGGGACUUCUGUGAAGAGUGAUACUCAUACCCUGGGACAAUGGGACUUAUACAACACUCUCCCAGUGCUCUCUCACUUCAGUUCUAAGAAGGACUAUUAUUUGGGAUUACCACACCCAGCAAAACUGUGUAUGCUAUCACUCAUUUCAGCUCUCUCAGAAAGUCUCCAUUUGGACUGUAAGCCAUCAAUACCAACAUGAAAAGAUACACAAUUGUAAGGGGAUGUAUGGAAAAGUUUAAAAAAUGAGGUGUUGAAGCUGUUUUCUGUUUCAAGUUUUAGGACACUGUAUGAGGGAAAUAAAUGCCUUAGAUUAUAUGAAUUGUGUGUGCCAGUCCAGUAAGGAUUGUAUUCUACUUGAAAUUGAUUAUUUUUAUAUAGAAAAAAAUGUGCAAUUUAUAUAUAAAGUUAUAUUGUCAGUAUAUGUAUAUAUGUAAGUUAAAUAUUGUUGAUGUCUCCUUAUUUAAUUGUUUUACAUCACUUUCAGCUACUUACAGAGAUAGUUAUUUUUGUACAGUAAAAUGAGAAUAUGGGCAUUCUAGAGGGUUCUGUGUCUACUAUUCAUUUGUCUCAUGGGUGUUGAAUGUUUCAAACUGUGGUGAACUGUUCAUUGUGUCUUUGUUAUAAGAUAUUUGUAAAUGUGGUCCAUCAUGUGUGAGUCAAACAGAAUAAUGUUGUCAUCCAAUAAACCUUUGCAUACUUUGAAACUAA